UGCUUGAAGAAUUGACUGAGUUGAGACGAGGCGGACAGAGAUUGAGGAAUGCAAAGAUUGAUAGAGCGGCGAGAAAGAGUUGCGAUCACUUCAACAACCCAGAAUUAUCGAAUAAACUCUGCAACCGAAUCAGAGAUAUCGAAAAAUAUUCGACAGAAAAAAAACAAGAGCAGAGAAACGUCGCGCAGACGGCAGGCGGUGAGCCUAGCCCAUUCCACCACCAACCUCAGAUCGAAACCUCCACCCUCAUAGCUCCGGAACCCACGUUCAAUUCCCUCCCGUCUUUCUGCACCAGUGAUU